GAACGUGAGUUUUUGUGGUUAUAUUUUCCAGAGUGUUGACUUGGAAACAAACGUUAUAAAGCUUUUGUAAAGCAAUUAAAACAUACAUAAUUGAUAUAUUGAUAUCAUAGAUUAAUUUUUCUCUCAUAAUGAAGCAAGGCAUCAAGAAAUCAGUCAAUUCUAUCAUAAGAACAAUUGGAGAUGAUGAAGAAGUUGAGGAUUUUUCAGAGGAAAGUGAUGUUGAGGUUGAGUUCCAACCAUCUAAACAAAAAAGUAAAUCCAAAGCAGAUUUUGAUACAGAUUUUGACUUUGUUAGCACUGUUGAGGAAUACAACAGGGAUGCUUGGGAUGAUCUAUCAAAAUAUGUCAAGCGUAAAGCUAAACAUAAGACUGAUGAUAAAAUCAAAAGAUUACGCCAAUCUGGAAAUGAGGAAAAUAUAGGAAAAGAUGAUGAUGAUGAGAAAGACAGGGAAUCUGAAAUGUCUUUGUCUGAGGAUGAAAUGAAACAUGAUAAAAUCAAAGUCAGAGAUAAGAAAAAAAAGAAAUUGAGUGCUGCAGAGAAUGCAGAAUCUUUCUUUGAAGAUGUCAACUUGUCCACUGAUGAAAGUAUGAGCUUUUACCAAAUGAACUUGUCUAGACCUUUAUUGAAGGCUAUUGCUGAAAUGAAAUUUGUUCACCCAACUCCAAUACAAUCAUCAACAAUACCUAUUGCUUUAUUAGGCAAAGACAUUUGUGGCUGUGCUGCUACUGGUACUGGAAAAACAGCAGCAUAUAUGCUGCCCACUCUAGAACGUCUCCUUUAUAGGCCAACAGGUGGUACCUCUGUUACCAGAGUUCUGGUUUUAGUACCAACAAGAGAAUUGGGUGUCCAAGUCUACCAAGUCACAAAACAGAUAGGGCAAUUCACAGAUAUACAAGUAGGGUUAGCUGUGGGUGGAUUGGAUCUGAAAGCACAGGAGACUAUAUUAAGAAAAAAUCCAGACAUUGUUAUAGCUACACCUGGUAGAUUGAUAGACCACUUGAAGAGUACUCCAACAUUCAGUUUAGAAUCCAUUGAAGUUUUGAUAUUGGAUGAAGCUGAUAGGAUGCUUGAUGAGUAUUUUGCAGAACAGAUGAAUGAAAUCAUCAAACAGUGUUCAAGGAAACGCCAAACCAUGCUUUUUUCAGCUACAAUGACUGAUGAAGUGGAAAGCUUAGCAGCUGUGUCUUUGACCAAGCCUGUUAGGCUAUUUGUUGACAGUAAUCAGGAUGUAGCAUUUAAUUUGAGACAAGAAUUUAUCAGGAUAAGGUCUGAAAAAGAAUCUGAUAGGGAACCUAUACUGGCAGCACUUGUGUGUAGAACAUUUAGAGAACACUGCAUGAUUUUUGUACAGACCAAGAAACAAGCCCACCGUCUGCACAUUCUUCUAGGUUUACUGGGUCUCAAAGUAGGAGAAUUGCAUGGCAAUUUGACACAACCACAGCGCUUAGACAGUCUAGAGAAAUUCAAAACCAAACAAGUUGAUAUCCUUGUAGCAACAGAUGUAGCUGCCAGAGGAUUGGAUAUUUCUGGUGUCCAGACUGUUAUAAAUUUUGUAAUGCCAGCUACUAUGGAACAUUACAUUCAUAGGGUGGGUAGAACUGCUAGGGCUGGUCGAGCUGGUGUUUCAGUCAGUCUUGCAGGGGAAAAAGAAAGAAAAAUGGUUAAAGAUGUUAUAAAGAGAGCCAAAAACCCUGUAAAAAGCAGAGUAAUACCCCCAGAUAUCUUGGAAAAGUACAGAGAAAAAUUAGAGAAUCUAGAACAGCAAAUUUCACAAAUCAUUCAGGAAGAAUAUGAAGAAAGACUUAUAAGCAAAGCUGAAAACCAAGCAAAUAGAGCUGAAAAAAUGCUCAAAGGAGAAGGGAGUGAUAAGAGACCAUGGUUUCAAACAAGCCAGCAGAGAAAAGCUGAGAAAGAAAGGCUGACUUUGAAAGGUAAGAAAGAUGCAAGUAAAGGCAACUCUGCAAAAUCAGGAAAAGACAAAAAGAAAGACAAGAACAUAAAGAAGGGUAAAUCAAAAGAAACACCUGAAGAUAGGAUGAGUCAAGAAUUGAAUAAAGUAGCUUUGGUACAAGCUAAACUUGCUAAGAGAAAGCAAAAAAUGAAAAAAAUCAACUCUGUCAGAGAUGAUAGUUUCAAGACUAAUCCAGGAGGAGUAAAAAAACAAAGAUCACACUUUGCUGAUUUAGUUGACACAUCUCAAAAGAAAGCUAAGAAAUUAAGGUAUGAUGCAAAUUUCAAACAGAAAAUGAAGAAGAAAAAUGAUUCCAAAUUUGGCAAAAAAGAUGCCAGGAAGGGGAAAGCCUUUGGCAAACCAAUGCAGAAGAAGAGGAAGUAAUUCAGUUGCAGUAUAUGCUAUAUUUAUCUGAUAGGUGGAACCAUUUUUGUAAUAUAGUUGAAUUCAGUUGAACCAUAAAUACAAUGUUACAAUAUUUG